AUAUAGGUUUGUUUCACUCCGUUGCAUGUGCCCAGACACGAAUGCAACGCAUAUAGCUGUCUCACGCAAAUGAGCUUGUUCCGUACUUUCUUUCUCGCUUCGUAAAAGUCAAACGAAGAAAGAGGAAAAAAACUCGCAGAGUGAAUCCAAACAUUCGUCGCCAUUACAUUUUCAGUCAUAAUAACGGAGCAGAAGAAAGACAUAAGACGAGUAAAUCAUUGUGUAUUGCCUGAAAAUAAUAGAAAUAAAUAAAAUUAGCUCGUUUCACUUCGUAACAUCGAACAUCAUUGUUAUCCCUCCGCAUAAAUAGUUUCAAUAGAGAAAAAAAUAAAUUCGAAAGAAAUAAUCAACUACCUAGUGUAUAAAGAGAAAAAUAAAAAUUGUGUGUAUACGAAAGAAAAGGGAGAGAAAAAUCGAACGAAAAUAAAAUAAAUAAAAAAAAUGUUGCAAUUGCAUCGGAACAAAUGUGAAUGAAACAGAGAAAAAUAAUAAAAAGAAUCGGUUUCGGUAUUUCUGUGUGUGAUUUUCAUUAUUUUUUUUUCUUUCAUUCGUUCUUCCGUUCAUUUCGUAUUUUCUGUUGGUGAAUUUUUUUCAAUUUGGAGUGCGACAAAUUCAAUUGGUGAUUAUACAGAGGCGAAAAUAAUGUUUGAUACGAUUGCAAUCUGUGCGAUAUCCACAACGAAGAAAUAUUUUUUUGAAAAUUGUACGGCAAGCAAAUUACAUUUCAAUCCAAAAGAAACACAUCACAGCCAAACAUGAAUGACCGUGAAAUCCCGAGUGUACCAGUAACCACGCUAGCUGGUCUAGCAAGUGUGUCCGACUUGCUAAGCGAGCUUCCAAUAUCAGAAUCAUCGGUUGGUACGCCGUCAAAAAAGUCAUUACUCUUUCAUCCGCGUGUCGCUGAAGAGGCCAACCAUUUGCUGUCUAUGAAAGAUGAUGCACUAACACGCCAGCUAACUGCAGCACUCGAACAAACAAAUGCAGAUCACAUCGAACUGAAGCCGCAAUAUGUGGAGCAACAACCUUCCGUAACGAAUAUGAAUGAGUUGCCGCACCUGCUGCAGGCAAUACUCCAGAUCAAGCAAAAUGUUUUCAAAACGGGCGGUCAGCAAUAUCAACAUCAAAGACCACCCACCCAAACUAAUCACAUGUAUCAACAUGCCCAAAAUUUGAACUCAGCGCAAAAUUCGAUGCAACAAAAUUCAUUUUGUUCAGCAGGAAAUCAAAUGCAAUGGAACCAACAACAGCAACAGCAACAGCAACAACAGCAAUACUCGGCACAAUUACAGUCAUUCAAUUCACAAAAUCCAAUGAUGCACACACAACAACAGAUGCAAUAUCAACAACAGCUACAGCAGCAGCAACAGCAGCAAAUCUAUAAUUCACAAAAUCAAAUGAUGAACUCCACGCAACACAUGCAGUAUACACAACAAAUUCAGCAACAACAAAUCACUCCGAAUCAGAUGCCACAGCCGAUGGUUGUCAAGCAGGAGUACCCAAAACCAGAAUAUUCAUACGGAAAUAUGGAUCAACGGCCACAAGAUGCCUAUGGAGUGCAGCAAAAUAUGUAUGAGAUGCCGCAACAGGUUAUUCCAUCGCAGCUGCACCAGCCGUAUCAAGCGGCAGAACAGAGUCAGCAACAGCAACAACAUCAUCAACAACAACAACAACAACAACAAUCGUACCAAUCUGUUAUACAAAAUCAGACACAGCCUAUUCAAAACGUCGCACAUCACCAAACACCGCUUGGAAUGCCGCAACAGCAGCAGCAACAGCAACAACCACUACCAACACAACAACAACAGCAGCAGACGCUCCAACAAGGUGCGAAUCAAAAUUCAGCAUUCGAUACAUUUGAUAGCAUCAAAUCGGCAGCUCCAGCGCAACAGUCACACGCGAACCGUUAUGCAAACAACAUCGGAGCGCAGAAUCAUAAACUCGGUGGUCGGCCACACAACAACGAUUUCAAUCAGCAAUUGGGACUAGUAAAACCAGAGAUGCAUCAAUCAUACCAGCAGAGAACGAACAAUCAACUGCAGGCCAUCAAUGAGAUCCUGAUGAAGAGUAAAUCAGCACUCAACAACCUGCAGAAGAAUCAAGAGCAUAUGAAGGUGUUCCCAGAAGAUCCACCGCCACCGCCAAAACCGGCGCCGGGCCACUCAUCAAACGAUAAAAAAUCGCUGAAAAUCCAAUUGAACCGACUGCAUCCGGAGCAUAUCGAACAAAUGGGCAAAAGUGUGUCGGAAUUUGCGAAAAAUUCACCGGAAUCAGCAAAGAAACUGGGUGUGAUCAAAGACGAAGUGGAUCUCUUCUCACUCAUGAAAGCCGAUGAACGGAAUCUGAAACGAAAACCGGCAGAUAAUGACGUUUGCCCGUUUUCACAGCCGAAGCUCAAGCGAAUUUGCCAAGACAGUAGCCCGAAGGCCAAUCACGAAGAUGUGCACAAAUCGCAAACCUACCAACAAUUCGUUCGUAAUAUGGAAAAUGAGAUCGAACAUUUGCAGGAAACGGAACAUUUUUACAACAACGACGAUGUUGAUUACCACAACGAUUGCAUUUCGAAGAAAACACUCAAUCAGCUAUCGAGUGAUGUGGCCAAACUGAAAGCAAAGGGUGUUGUUGACGCGCUCAACAAAAACAAAUUGACGCUUUUGAUUAAUUUUGCCAUGCGUAAUGUGGAUGUAGUGAAGAAUCUAUCAGCCGGUCCGGAUAUCGAAGACGAUAGCGAGGAGCAAAUUGAUAAAAUUUUGGAUGCGGCCGAAGCAUGUCUACUGGUUUGCAAUUUGUACUCAACGACAAAAGAUGUGAAAUUUCUGCAAGAGGAUAACAUGGAUAAAAUUGUGAAAUUCGCUCAAUUGCAAAUGCGUGAAACGAUCUUUCCGACAUUUGAUCCGGUGUUCUCGUUGCGAAGCACCAAAAAACCGGAUGGCCGUAAAAAGAACAAGAACCACAACGUAAACAAUAAUCAUGGUGUAAAUGUGUCGCGCAAAGUGCAACUGUUGUAUAAUAAAUUGGUGGAGUUGACGCGCAUUUUUGUCACAUUAUUUGACAAAUGUACGUUCAUCGACACGAUCGUGCUGGCUGUGUCAACACUGGCCGUUGAACCGUUCUUCGUAGAUAACAUUGAAGCCAUGCAAUUCGCUUGUCUCGAACUGAUUACAACGAUAUUCCGCAAAGAGACCUAUGUGAACUAUCGAAAUAGUAUUUUGAAUGAUAUUUUCGCAUCGGUCGAUCGUCUGCCGCAAUCCAAACGCAAUAUGCGACCGUACAAACUGUCACAUAAUGGCGGGAGUAUUCAGAUGAUAACCGCAUUGGUGUUACAGCUGAUUCAGAGUUCAACCGUGCUAGCGGAUACGUUGUGUGACACGAGCAAAUCACGGAAGAAGAUUAACCAAGGCGAUAUGGAUGCCAAAUUCGAUAAAGACGUCAUUGUGAAGGAGAAACAUGACAUUGCAUUGAGCAUUGGCGGCAAUUUCUUAACCACUUUCCUCGACAAAUGCAAGUCACGAUCGAGUGAAACCGAUUUUCGGCCGCUGUUUGAGAAUUUCAUCACCGAUCUACUGACCACAGUCAAUCGACCGGAGUGGCCAGCUUCGGAGCUGCUGCUCAGUCUGUUGGGCACACUUUUAGUGAAGUAUAUGUCAGACAAAACGAUGGAUCAAUCGAUACGAGUGGUUUCGUUAGAAUACCUUGGAAUUGUGGCCGCACGGCUGCGAAAGGACACCGUCGAAUCUCGAUGUAAGGUCGAUACAAUGGAUCAACUCAUUAAAUGCAUCAAAUUAGAACAAGAGAAGGAGAAUGAUUUGGACAAUGAUGAGUGCAAAAUCGUGGUCGAUCCAGAGGAAGAACGUACUGAAUUUCUUCAGCGCAUUCUACUCGAUUUUCUGGCUGUCAAUGCACACGAAGACAAUUUGGUGUACGAUUACGCUCGGCAUUUUUAUCUGACGCAAUGGUAUCAGGAUGCACAGCAGCGAAAGAAACGUGUUGCUCAAGGUGAAAAAGGAUUUGCAUCGCGUAAAAAGCAAACGAAGAAAAAUCGCAAGUACCGAGACUCCGAAUCAUCGCUGGACGAUGAUAGCGAUGAUGAUGAUAAUGUUAAAGAGAUCAAACCCGGUGGCACCGAUCAGGAACUCAAUUUGGAAAUCUUUCGAUUGCUUGACAAUCGCAAAAAGUAUUUGCUGUCGAAAAUCAGCUCAUUCUCACCCAAUAGCAAUGUGCAAGACAUAAAAACCUACAUCGAUUACAACAAUGCUAAUUUGAUUGCACAGUAUUUGGCUAGUAAACGACCGUUUUCGCAAAGUUUUGACAUUUAUUUGCAGAAAAUUAUUCUAGUGGUGCGUGAACCAUCGAUCGGUAUUCGUACGAAAGCAAUGAAAUGUUUGGCCUUAAUCGUUGAGGUGGAUCCAUCGAUAUUGACGCGAAAAGACAUGCAAAUCGGUGUAAGUCAAAAGUUUUUAGACACAUCGAUAUCGGUGCGUGAAGCGGCCGUUGAUCUGGUGGGCAAAUAUGUGCUUAACAGUCCAGAGUUGAUUAUUCAGUAUUACGAUAUGUUGUCGAAACGAAUACUCGAUACGGGUGUCUCGGUCAGAAAACGGGUCAUUAAAAUUCUGCGCGACAUUUGCAUUGAAUAUCCAAAUUUCACCAAAAUACCAGAAAUCUGCGUGAAAAUGAUUCGACGCGUCAAUGACGAAGAGGGCAUUCAGAAAUUAGUCACCGAAGUUUUCAUGCGAAUGUGGUUUACACCGUGUGCGGACAAUGACAAGGCAUCGAUUCAACGAAAAAUCAACCAGAUGAUUGACGUUGUCAGCAUGGCACAUGACACUGGCCUUCAAUGGCUCGAUGGCCUUUUGACAAGCAUAUUCACACCGAAGGAAGAAAAAGACAUCGAUCGAACGGCGAAUGCGCCAAAGAAAGAGCCACCGAAAGAGGUAGUGAAAGCGUGUCAACAGAUCGCCGACGGAUUAGUGAAUGAAAUUUUAAAGUUUGAAGCGUCUGACAGUAAUAAAGUGUUGAGUUGUGUGACAACAUUACAUUUGCUGGCCAAAGUACGACCAGCGUUGUUGAUCAAUCAUGGCAUCACAUUGGAACCCUAUCUGAAUACGCUUGCAACAACUGCCAAUGGUUUGAAGUUCAUCAGUUGCAUCGCAGAAAUUCUGGAGCAAGUGGUACCACUGAUGGAGCAUCCGAGUGAAUCGUUCUUAGUCGAACUUGAAACACAUUUGAUGGUGUUAGCAUGCAGCCAUAAUCAAGCCGUAGUCAACAGUUGUCUGUCUUGUUUGGGCGCCGUUAUCAAUAAAAUAACAAAAAACUAUCGACUCAUUCGAGAUUGUUUCGUGAGAUUCUACAAGCCAAUCAUCAACAGCCACAAUCAAUUGCAAAAGCAUCCCAGCUAUCCAAUAGCAAACAUUUAUCGGCCGCAAUUCCGUCGAGGUCUGUUCACAAUCGGUUUGAUAAUGCGAUUCUUCGAUUUCAAGCAGCCGACUGUGUACGGUGAAGGUUUGGGUCCAGAAGAAGCCGGUCUGCCGUCGACCAUUUGCAGCGACACAUUCGAGCGUUUGUUCUAUUUUUCGUCAGUGCCCAACCACAAUGAGAUUCGCCGCGAAGCGCUCGUUGCUCUUGGCCAUUUUUGUAUACAGAAUUACGAUUAUUUAGUUGAUACAAAACUGCGUAACUUGUACUGUGAUAUUCUGACAUCGGAGACAUACGAUGUGAGCGUGAAAAUUAUUGUUCUACGCAAUAUUCAAAUGUAUUUAAAUGAUGCGGACAUGUCGAUGUCGAUGAAAGACAAAGAUUGGCAAACACAGUCGUUGGUCGAGAAUCUGUCGGACAUGAAUGAUGUGGCAUCGGGCAUGGCGUCACGAAUCAUUCAAUUAUAUCUCAAGGAAAUUCUGAGCAGCCUACUCCAUCGCGAUGUGAAUGUUCGAUCGAACGCAAUCAAAGUGAUUCAAUUGGUGUUGCAACAAGGUUUGGUGCAUCCAAUGACCAUUGUCCCAUAUUUGAUAUGUCUGAGCACCGAUUCGGUGCGUGAAAAUGCCCAUCGAGCCGAUCAUCAUUUGCAAGAGAUCGACAAAGCGUAUCCUGGUUUUGUACAUAUGAAAUCACAGGCCGGCAUUACGUUGUCAUUUGAACUGCAAACGGUUAUACAAAAUAAGGAGAAAGAACGAAGCGCUGUCGUUCGAGGCUAUUGUGUGCGAAACAAAGACGAACCACCAGCGGCACUGAAUAGUUUUCUUUACUCAUUGCUACGCACAACGAAACCUCAACGACGUGCUUUGAUGCAGGGCAUUGUCAAACAAUUCGACGAACAAAAGACAACAUUGCGACAAAUGAUCUAUUUGGCCGAUAAUUUGGCGUAUUUUCCAUACACGAUGCAAGACGAACCACUGUACAUCAUUCAUCAAAUCGAUUUGCUGAUAACCGUUGCCGGCACCAGUUUACUGCAGACAUUCAAAGAAAAUCUGAAACCAGUUCCAGGCCAGGAACAAAAUGAUCCCAACGCACCGAAAAACAUUCUGGAAGAUGAUGACGAUGAUGAAGAUAUCGAGGCUUUGUUGCACCGACUGCCAGACAGCACAAUCGAACUUCAGAAAUGUAUAACUGCCUCUCAAGGUUGCAUUCUUCUGCUGAUGUUGAAACAACAUCUGAAAGACUUGUACAAAAUCAACGAUAACAAAAUCUCUCGAUACACUCCAUCGGAAAAUGCCAAAGUGUACGAAAAAGCCGUUCACCGUGUUCCAGUGCCGAAUUUCAAUCCGAAACAGACGAUUGACAUCAUAAACUCAGAGCGAUCGCAAGACAUUGAGUUGACAGAGGCUGAGAAGCAGCAUUUGCUCCAACAAUACCUCGAUUUCAAGCAACUCAUGUUGAAGAUCGAUAACGAGGGAUCGGAUGACGAUUCAGACACAGCAAUCAACAAAUCAGCGACAACCACCCCGAAAAAGGUCGAUCCAAAUGAGUAUGGUGGCAAUGCGCAUGCACAAGUUCAACAACCAACAAUUCAUCUAAACAAUGUGAAUAAUGCAAUAAUAGGCAAUGCUGGUCAAACUCCAUUACAAGCUCUUCCUAAGAAUAUGAUGAAUAGCCAUGGUUAUCCGACACCAACGUUGGCCACAGCACCAAAAUCGAUGCCGAUACGCAACACAAUGCAAAAAACGCCAAAACGAAAGCAAUCGCGUAAAUCAGCAUCGCGUGGUGGCAAACGAAGCAAGAAAAAUCAAUUUCGAUCAUCAUCUGAAGACGAUGCCAGUGAUUACAGUGAUGACGAUUACGAAUAGAUCCCCAAGUAAAGGCGCACCAAAUCAAAUCAAACGAAAAACAAACACAGAAAGAACCCACAACGCAUGUCUCUUACAAUCAAUCUAGUUGCUGAACAUAUUUCGCUUUCUUCCCGUAUCAAUCGUGAAAUACUGAACUCUGUCUCUCCCUUUGGUUUGUGGCCAAUCAAUAGGCAAUCCAAACAGAAAAUAUUGUACAAAAAAAGACAAGAAGGUUUAACUCUUUUUUUUUUCAUUUCGAAAUUGUUUUUCCGAUUGGAAAAUGCUUUGGUUCUUUUUUUCCGUUGUUUCUCUCGAAAGAUUUGUUUAUUUUCAUUUUUGGAUGCGCAUUGGGCUAUUUUUUUUUUCCUUUUUUUUGUAAACGAAACACAAUAUCAGACAUCAGAAUUUUUUUCAUUUCUGUCACAGUUAAAGAUGAGAUUUCAAAUUAAGAAUUUGUAUCAAAUAGAUUGAAGGAAACACCUUGUUGUAAAUGUCCGUUUAGACUCAAUCUGGAUUGAAUUGGAUUGAAAUAAGUAAAAAAGGACGCAGCUAAAAAAAUGGUUUAAAUUAAGUGUACUAUAUUUAACAAAUGAAUUGAAAAAAGUUCACCUUGAAAACGUAGCAUUGAAAAAAAAACAUCUGAAACACACUCACACACACAUCCACAUCUAUUUAUAAUAGCAAGAAAUGGGAGGAAAAAUCAAUGAAUCAUACACACAAUCCAUAAAAUAGAUAUUAUAAAAUGAGCAAAAAAAAAAAUUAGUUGGAAUUAUUUAUUAUUAUUCAUUGCAAAACAACAAGCUCUGAAAAAUGUUAGCGAUUAAGUUUAGAAAACGUGAGAAAAAAAAACAUUUUUUUUUCCUCUUCGGAAUCUAUGAAAGAAACAAAAACACAAAAUACAAUUUAAGUCAAUGGACAAUGGCAAAGCAUAUAAGAUGUUAGAGUGAAAAAAAUCUACGACGACGAUUAAUUGAAAUACAGACAAAAAAAAUAAAUAAAUAAUUUAAAAUGGAAAAUAUAUUGAAGAUAUAUUUGAGUAAAAAUUUAACGAAAAGUAAUGAAAUAAACAAAAAACAAAAAAAUCCCUCGAUAAAUUUAGCGAAUGUAGUAGAUUUAUUGUACGCAAAUUUUUGAAUAUAAUCAAUUCUGUAUUUUUGUGAGAGAAAACAUUAA